AUGGGGCGCUGGCUGACCAUCAAAGAUAAGCGUGCUCUCAUAGCGAAAGUGGGUGAGAAUCCUGGAAUGACGCACGCCGAACUUGCUGAGUGGUCGACCAAAACGUACAAUCUUGGUCGACCAUUAGCUAGAAGUACUGUGAGCGACAUCCUUCGGAAGGCGCCGCAAACCAUGAGCCCCGCACACGAGGACACCAGUAGGCGAAAGCUAGUCAAGGUGACGUCAAUACGACUUGAGAAGGCGCUGUGGGCGUGGAUUGCCCUGCAGGAAACGCGCAAUAUUGUACUCUCAAGAGAGCUAAUUGCGAUGAAGGCAAGAGAACUACAAGGGCAGCUUUGCGACGCGUGGGAUCUCUCUUUCUCUGAAGGGUGGAUGACUCGCUUUAUGAAGCGCCACGGACUGAAACACCAUCAAGAACUGUUUUCAGCACACAGGUAUUCUUUUCCCAGGUGUGAGCGAGGCAGCAGUGACGAGAAAGAAGAGCAGCGAAAGCUGCGACGUAGAUAUCCAUGA